AUGACGAGGGAGGGGCUUGGGCUGUUCUGGAGGCGUCGGAGGGAAAUGGGGGCAGGCUGGGGUGCUGGCGGUUACGGGGAGGAGAUGCAGGCAGCGUGGGGUGGUCAGCGGCGGAGAUGGGUGCAGGCGGCCAUGGCUUCGAGCGGGUGGGGGCGGAGCAGCGGCUGGAGCAGAUCUGGCGGCGGGUCAGGGCAGAGCGGCGUCGAGGGUGAGCGGCGCGGGGUCGGCGCCGUGCAGGUUCGUCGGAGGCAGGCGGCGGCGGACUGGACAGGCUGCGGCGAACUCCGGCGGGUCGGAGGAGCUCGAGCUCCUGGUGGCGGGGUCUGGGUCGGGUGUUCGGGUGUGGGGGAGGAGGACGAGGGGGCGGGCUGA